GUGGAAUCUGACCACAGGGUCAACUUCCACUCGACCUCCUGUCGUGCUUUCAUUGUGCACGACGGUUAUAAGAUCAGCUUUCUAUCCCGCUUUCCCACGGGUCGAUCAGUCCCUCUGUGAGCUACCAACCAGACCCGCCGUUUGUGCAACCAUGGCGCCCGAUUUGAACUCUGUACCUCCAUCUCCACGUCCACCAGCAGCUACUUCUGCAUCAUCCGCAGCAACGAACUCCUCUCCUCCAACAUUCUCUCGACGAGUAUCCCAAGUCAUGGGUCCUCCUCCAGUGCCGUUUAGUCCACCUAGUGCAGUUGCCUCUCUGCACGGGCAUGGUGAUGCAACGAACGGGAUUGCCAUUGCAUCCGGCCCCCUUCGUCACCCCCGUCCUCUGACGGCGGCAGAGUUACACUUGGAGCUCGAGAAGGAACAGGAGGGGAUGGUCAACCGUUUAACAAGGGAGCUUUCUCAACUGCGCCAGCAGACCGCUUCUGUCGCUUCCACGGCGUCGUCAACAUCGACGAACCUCAAUGACUCUAUGGACGCUGUGCAUGGCUCGCAUUACAUCUCCGGUGCUAUUCAUCCCACGGCUUCCCGUCGACAUCGGUCCUCUUCCAACCUCAGUGCACACCUACCUCUAGCUCAGAGUGCCCGGACUGGGAGUGUGACGGGUAUUGCACCUUCUCGAGACGCCGCAUUGCCCUCGACACGCCCGUCGGGAGAUUUCACUCGAGUAGCUCGCAGCCGGGAGCCAUCGAUUACUUCCCAGCGACAGUCCGGCAGGUCUUCUCCGUCGUUAUCGUCCUCGUUGCAACAGCAGCACGGAGAGCACUUCCCACAUUUCCCCGGACACUCACAUCGUUCAUCGCUCUCGCAGUCUUUGCCUGGAGCUGGAGAGCAUCCGCGCACGACGUCCGUUUCGUCCACGACAGGCACGUCUCGGUAUGAGGAAGCCGCAUACCAUCGUGCGGAACUGGAAUCGAUCAAAAGAGAAAACGAAAUGUUACGCCGUCGGGUGCGCGAACUCGAGAGCAACCUGAAGUCAUAUCGCGAACGAGAGUCUCACCCAGUGAGCGGACAAAACGAGAGCGCUGUUGCCGCUUCUGGUUUGGUUGACCGGAUGCGCGAUGCAGCUCUCGAUGACGGCCGCUAAAGGGGUUCCUACGGAGUUUAUGAUGGUUUUGCUUUUUGCAGUUCUAUGCCUAUUGCGGAUUGGAAACGAAUUAUUAUUGAUCGGCGCGGGAUACCAAGAAUAUGUUUCGCGGGCGAAAUGGUUCUACGAUCCAGCACUUUUCCCCGGCCUUCUGCCACUUUCUUUGGUGCUAGUGAUUUCAGGCGCGCUUCGAUAUUGUCAUGGCCUUGCACGUUGAAUUGUUGGGAGCAGUCUUAUCACGCAGGUAGCAACGAUAGAAUCAAUAGCGACUUAUCUCUUGUAUCGAGUAUUAUUGUUGCUGUGCCACAAAUGCAAUCCGAGAAUUGUCCGGCGUUCACAUGCAAAGCCCGAAUGCGGUUGCCUGA